AUGACGGUAACCUUCUCCCAAGAAAAGUAUGACGAGAUCUACGCCUUCGCAAUUGACCUCGGCCGCAAGGCCGGCAAGAUGCUCAUGGAGCGCGUAGACCAGCGCAUCGACAACGCAAAUGGAGCCAAUCAGACAUUUGAAGAGAAGGAGAACUCAGUGGAUAUUGUGACACAGACAGAUGAAGACGUCGAAGUAUUUAUUCGAUCGGCUUUGCAAGCUAAAUAUCCCACUCACAAAUUUCUCGGCGAAGAGACAUACGCCAAAGGCCAGUCGCGCGACUACCUAAUCGACAAUGAUCCAACAUGGUGCAUCGAUCCAUUAGACGGAACCGUAAACUAUACGCACAUCUUCCCGAUGUUCUGCGUCUCAAUCGGUUUUGUGGUAAACAACCGCCCAACAAUCGGUGUAAUCUACGCCCCCUUCACCGACCAACUAUGGUCCGCCUGCCCCGGCAGGGGCGCCUGGCUAAACGAGACAAGGCGCCUACCCCUAAUUCAUAACCCUAUCCCGCCUAUGCCGGCCAACGCGCCGUCGCAGUGUAUUUUCUCCUGCGAGUGGGGCAAGGACCGCCGCGAUAUUCCCGAUGGCAAUAUGCAUCGCAAGAUUGAGAGUUUUGUUAAUAUGGCGGCUGAGUUGGGGAGUCGGAGUGGGCGUGGUGGUAUGGUGCAUGGUGUACGCAGUUUGGGGAGUGCUACGCUUGAUCUGGCUUAUGUUGCUAUGGGGUCUUUUGAUAUUUGGUGGGAGGGGGGUUGUUGGGAGUGGGAUAUCGCUGCCGGUGUUGCUAUUCUCUUGGAAGCUGGUGGUCUUAUGACUACUGCUAAUCCACCUGAGAAUGAGGCUACCUGUCCGAUUGAGGAUGUUAAGUUGGGAAGUAGGUUGUAUCUGGCCAUUCGACCGGCUGGUCCUUCCGCUACCGAGACAGGCCGCGAGACACAAGAGCGCACAGUACGUGAAGUCUGGCGCCGAGUCCGCAACCUGGACUAUUCACGACCAGGAGCGUGA